CACCCAGGCUGGGAGUGGGGAGCUAAAGCCUCAUAUGGGGUCCCAGCUCAGAUGCAAGGGCCCCGACAAAGCCCGCUCUCAGCUGCUGAUCGUGGACCGGAGCUUCGACCUGGUGUCCCCACUGCUGCAUGAGCUCACCUUCCAGGCCAUGGCCUACGACCUGCUCAGCAUCGAGAACAACACCUACAGGUACGAGACAACGGGCACCAGCGACUCGCGGGAGAAGGAGGCGCUGCUGGAUGAAGAUGACGAACUCUGGGUGCAGCUACGCCACAUGCACAUCGCUGACGUCUCCGAGUGA